AUGCUGAGAGUGAAAGAGAUCGUCAGGCAUCCGAAACUGAGAAAAUUCUGGGCGAGAUGGCGGAUUCUUAUGUGGAAAGCCGUGCUUAUGCGGCUGCAUAGCCCGAUAACUACCGCGCUGGAGAUAAUUAUAGCUAUUGUCUUUUCGUUGCAGAUACGUUUGAUGUUUGACCCGCACGCUAUUCACACACAGGAUUUAGAUCGAUACAGUCGAAAUGAUAUCCUGGCAAAAUUGCCAAAUAAUGUGCAAUGUUGGUAUGCACCAAAAAAUGCAUUUGUAGACGAGUUAAUGCUGAAAGCUGCGAAAAUGCUUCGUACAAAUAUUCAACCAGCCGACAGUGAAAUUAAUCUCGUGCAUUCACGUUACGCGAAAAAUGACACUUCCAAAAUGCUAUGGGCGAUAUUCGAAAUUGAUAAGCUCGCAUUUGAAAAACCGAAAGUCUUAGAUUACAAAAUACGUUCGUCUGAAAUAGGCGAGAAUCGAAUGAUCAUGAUGCAUGAGGAAGAACCUGCUCAUAAAGCUACUAAAGCAUUACUCACAUCGGUUUUGUUUUGGCUCAUUUCGGCACACUUGACUGUCGUUCUGGAUCAAUUUUUGGUAAGAGAAUCUGUCCUGUGGAAGAUCAGUUCGCUGAUUCUGCCGCAUAAUGGUUUGCUGUAUGGAAUAAUCGCUUUCACGACCCGCAUGGAUUUCGCUAUAAAUGAUGUAACAAUCGACUUUUAUCAUCAAGAAUUCAGCGUCAUUUUGGGUCACAAUGGAUCCGGCAAAAGCUGCUUGUUAAAAAUGAUUAUCGGAAUGUACAAACCGACCCACGGCCACGUUUACUUGGAGAACGGAAAUUCAAUGUAUCCGAUUGGUUAUUGUCCGCAGGAAAACAUAUUGGUGUAUUACUUGACGACGAUACAGCAUCUCUGUAUAUUUGGCAUGAUGAGAGGAAUGACUUAUAAAGAUGCUUAUAGAGAAUCACUAAAGCUAUUAGAGCAGCUCGAUUUAGAGUAUGUAAAGGAUGCAAAAGCAAAAUCUUGCUCUUUUGCUAUGCAAAGAAGGAUUUGCUUAGCAAUGGCACUUAUCGGCAAUUCUAAGAUUCUCAUCCUCGACGAGCCUACAUAUGGUAUCGACCCUGAGCACAAAAGACAGAUAUGGGAUUUACUUUUGGAUAUAAAAAGACACAAGACAAUAAUAAUGGCAACGAAUUCCAUGGAAGCUGCGGAUUUUCUUGCCGAUAGGAUCGCUAUUAUUGCAAAUAGAAGGAUCGAAUGUUACGGUUCGAAAAUGUAUCUGAAUCGCCGAUAUGGGAUCGGCUACGUACUAAGUUUAUUAGUACAAGAGGAUUGCAAUGUUGGACGAAUUCAUACGGAGAUACAAGAAUUUUCGGCAGAUCCAAUUACUCUGCGCAGCACGAUGGGUUUAGUAAUAAGAUUCGACGUGCCGAGAAAUAGUCGUUUCACUAAAUUGCUCCAACAUUUAGAAUCCAAUAAGGAAGAGUUGAAAAUCGUGUCGGUCGCACUGAGCGCUGCUAGCAUCGAGGGUCAAUUUCUCAGAAUAGGUUUGGAAAGCCAAUUUAAAGAACGUAGUGUGAAAUUACCCAGCAACAAGUACGAGCUUAUUGUGCAACAAAGGCGACGGCACUUGUUACAGACAGCUGAAUCAUGGAAACGAUUGACCGAUCAUGCUUUAUGGCGGCAGCAAGUUGUUGCGAUGUUCUGCAAGAAAUUAUUGCACAUUGCUUCGGCCCGGAAGAUAUACGUGUUUUCGAUAACCUUGGCGAUUGUUACUCUUACUCUGACCACUAUGAUCGCCGAAUUAAGCAGUUUCACACUCUUCGAAACAACCGAGAAAGUAAUGAAUCUGACGAGUUAUAUGGAUAACAAUUUUCACGUGCUAUAUUAUUCGGCUGAUGAAAAGUCUAUGAAGGACUUUCUUGUCACGUUGUACAUUACUGGUCAGGCGUACAGUGAGAGGCAUAAUUAUCAUAUUUCGAAAAAUAUCCCAGCCACGGAUCUUAUGGUCCAUCCUGAUCUGCACUCGAUAGAGUUUAGGGAUCGUUACGUGAUGUCCAUCGACAUGUACGCAGAUGGACGUGUACAACUCAUGUAUUCGUCCACUGCAGUGCACAGUGGACCAAUUGCGUUAAAUUUACUACAUAAUGCGUUACUGCGUUACCAUUGCGGUUCGGACGAUUGUUGGAUCAAAUUGACUAGUCGACCGUUAAUUUAUCCGGGACAGUGGCAACAUUUGUUGGUCCAUCCACGUAGUGUACGAAACUGGGAAAACGCCGCUAUAAUAAUAACCAUGUUCCUUCUUCUACCCUCCAUCGACAUGGGAAUACGAGAACGAAAUACACGCUCAAAGAUGCUGCAGACCAAUGCAAUCGGUGUAUCUACGCGGAUCUACUGGAUCCCCAUGUAUAUUAUUGAUUUCCUUCUAUAUGCGUUCUCCAUAAUGCUCUUCGGAAUCGCUAUCUUAAGUGUCUAUCGCCGCACGUUGCACUUCUCAGCUUUGGAAAUCGGCCAAGUGUUGCUGAUAUUCUUAUGUUACGGAGGAUGCGCCAUUCCGUUAGGUUAUUGCAUACAACUUUUCACAAAGAAACCGGAAAAUGCGUAUCUAAUUGUGAUACUGAUUAACAUUGUAGCCAUGUUAUUGGUGAACGGCUCUAUUAUAUUUCCGUUGGUAUUUCGCGUACUCAGCAAUACCGGGAGAUACGUGUUCGAAGCUCUUGUACAUAUACUUCCACCAUACAUUCUAGCCUGUGCUUUAAGCAAUUACAUCGUUUUGAAUUUAUAUAACAGACAAUGUAGCUACUUCAAUACCUGCGAUACAGAAUUUUAUAUUGAAGAUCCUUGUUGCCAAAAUUGUGAAGACAAAGGUUGUUACAAGCAAUUGAAUAUAAUGCUGAUUAAACAAUCCGGCUCUGAGUAUUGUCACUCGAUUAUAGACGACAUACUUUUAAUGGUAUCCCAAAUGUUCGCUCUUUUUAUACUGCUGGAAGUUUUCGAAGAAAAAAAUCGUAGAAAGUGGUACAGUUUUUUUGUGCCUCCUAUGAGAGACGACGAUACUGUAGAAUCGGAAGUCAUGGAAGAGAAGAAGCGAGUCGACGAAUACAUGAAACAUUAUGAUGAAACAAGAUCGCUUCCAUCGCGAGUUGCUCUAGUUGUCCAAAAUUUGACAAAAGAAUACUUCGGAGAGGCGGUGGUUCGAGGAAUCAAUUUUAGUGUCAACCACCAAGAGUGUUUCGGCUUGUUAGGAUUUAACGAUGCGGGAAAAUCAACGAUCUACAAAAUGUUAAUAGGUCAAACUAAAAUGUCGGCUGGAAAAGCGGUGAUAUAUGGGCACGAGUUUACAAGAAAUCAAGAAAUGUUUGUAGGUAUGAUAGGAUAUUGUCCACAAAUUAACGGGCUGAGCGAUUUUAUGACCGGAAGACAAUAUCUGCAACUUCACGCGGCACUUCGCGGUGUUCCAUACGAGCACAUCAACGAUGAAGUAAACAAAUGGCUGGAUGUAUUAGACAUGUUGGACUUUGAGAAUUUGAAAAUCGCCCACUAUCCCUGGGGAAUUCAAAGAAAACUUUGCAUACUGCAAAGUCUUAUUGGCGAUUUGCCGAUGAUAUUUAUGGACGAGCCUUCUGCUGGGAUUGACAUAAUGACCAGACAUGCAAUCUGCGAAAUUCUGCAUCAGAUACGAGAGAUGGGGAGAUCUAUAUUAAUCACCACGCACAGCAUGCGAGAGGCAGAAGCGAUGUGUUUGCGUGUCGGCAUUAUGGUUAACGGCCAGUUUACCACAAUUGGAUCUUGCGAGCAUCUGAAGGCAAAGUAUGGCCGUAACUUUAUAUUGAAUAUUAAAAUAGUACCGGGAUACCAACUUGCGAAUCUCGAGAAGAUCAAGAAAAUCAUUGACGAAACUUUUCCAGCAAUAAAAUUCAAAGACAGUUAUUUGGGUGUUCUUAAAUACGAAUUGGAGAGCGGCAUUUUGUACAGUUAUGUGUUUGAUAAACUCGAAAAGUUAAGGCAGAGAUACGUGUGGAUCACAGACUAUUCAGUUACUCAACCGUCAAUGGACGAAGUAUUCCUGACUUUAGCAAAGCAGCAAAGGAAAUCUAAGAAAUUGACACUUUACGAGCGUCUACGUUCGUGGAUUAUACGUAUUAUGCGUCAAAUAUAAAUCAAUUUUGUUACCACAUAAUUCUUUGUAUAUAUAACU